CUGUUGUUCAUAUAUUCUUCAUCAACUCUUUGGAUCAUUUGAUCAAACUGUGAAGCUAGAAAGUGUGUGUGAGCUGAUGUGAAUUCAGCAGCAUGGAUCAGUGUGAGGACAGAGAGGAGGGAGUCCCUCCCUCUAAAACCACUCUGUGUGGGGGAGAUGAGAGCCAGAGCAAAGGUCAGAGGAUCCAUCGGAGACUCAAACCAGAACCAGAACCAGAACCAGAACCCAGCUGUGUCUCCUUUAAGAGUGACAGAUCAAAGGAAAACCCCAUUCACUUUAAAUCUGCUGGAUCUCCACCAUCAGAGAGGACUUUUAAUGAGAAACUCCUGGAGAUUUCCUCUGAAGAGCAGAGGAGGAGCAGCAGAGAGGCAGUGAUGAAGAUCACACUGAACUUCCUGAGGAUGAAGCAGGAAAAUCUGGCUGAACAUCUGCAGAGAAGACAUUUGGCUGCAGUUUGUCAACAUAAACUUAAAUCUGGUCUGAAGAAGAAGUUCCAAUCUGUGUUUGAGGGAAUUGCUAAAGCAGGAAGUCCAACCCUUCUGAACCAGAUCUACACAGAUCUCUACAUCACAGAGGGAAGGACUGGAGAGGUCAAUAAUGAACAUGAGGUCAGACAGAUUGAAACAGCAUCCAGGAAACCACACAGACCAGAAACAAUAAUCAGACGAGAAGACAUCUUUAAAGUCCCACCUGGAAGAGAUCAACCAAUCAGAACAGUGAUGACAAAGGAGUGGCUGGCAUUGGGAAAACAGUCCUAACACAGAAGUUCACUCUGGACUGGGCUGAAGACAAAGCCCACCAGAACAUCCAGUUCAUAUUUCCAUUCACGUACAGAGAGCUGAAUGUGCUGAAAGAGAAAAAGUUCAGCUUGGUGGAACUUGUUCAUCAUUUCUUUAGUGAAACCAAAGAAAUCUGCAGCUUUGAACACUUCCAGGUUCUGUUCAUCUUUGAUGGCUUGGAUGAGAGUCGACUUCCACUGGACUUCCACAACAAGGAGAUCCUGACUGAUGCUACAGAGUCCACCUCAGUGGAUGUUCU